GACGUCAAAAUUCAAAUGUCAAAACACAUUCAUUUUGCCGCCGGAAAAUUAUUUUGUAAUUUGUUAAAAGUUAUUAUACCUUACUUUCAUAUUGGUAUUGCUUAUUUAGUUAAAUAAUUAAUAAAAUGCAAGCGUUCUUGAAAACUGGAAAAAUAUCCAGCGCUGAUAAGCCAUCCUCGUCAGGUGUUAAACCUAGCAAGAAAAAACCUCCCGCGCCUUGGGUAGAAAAAUACCGUCCAAAAACAAUAGAUGACAUCGUUGACCAAGGUGAGGUUAUUCAAGUGCUCAGAGAAUGUUUGGCCGGAGGAGAUCUCCCGCAUUUGUUGUUUUAUGGGCCACCAGGGACUGGCAAGACGAGCGCCAUUCUCGCAGCGGCUAGGCAACUCUUCGGAGAUAUUACAAGAGAUCGUGUAUUAGAGCUAAAUGCCUCUGACGAAAGAGGCAUACAAGUCAUCCGCGACAAAGUGAAAUCGUUCGCACAAUUGACUGUUAGCAGCACCAGACCUGAUGGCAGACCUUGCCCUCCAUACAAAUUAGUGAUACUUGAUGAGGCAGAUUCAAUGACUACAGCGGCUCAAGCAGCAUUGCGUCGCACUAUGGAAAGAGAGACUCGUACAACACGCUUUUGUCUCAUUUGCAAUUAUGUGUCCAGAAUUAUUCCACCUAUCACCAGUCGAUGCUCCAAGUUCAGAUUCAAGCCGUUGGCUAGAGAGAAUGUCAUUAAAAGGUUACAAGACGUGUGUGUAGCUGAGGGGGUGGAUGUAGGGGAUGGAGAAGUUCUCCAUCAGGCUGUUGAUACAUGCGAAGGAGACAUGCGCCGAGCACUCACUGCUUUGCAGUGUUGCCAGCGACUGCUUGGGAAAAUAACUUCGGAAGGGUUGAUUGAGGUAACAGGCCUAGUUCCCGAUAAACUGAUCAAUGAGUUCCUCAGCAUCAAGAACUACAAUGAACUAGAAAAGUAUGUUGAAAAUUUCCUCAUGGAGGCCUACUCCGCAUCACAACUCCUAGAGCAGCUAAGCGCGACCGUGGUCAACAGUGGCCACUUGACCAAUAAACAGAAAUGUGUCAUCAGCGAGAAGGUAGCCGUCUGUUCCCAUAGACUCCUAGACGGAGGCGCGGAGGUUAUGCAGCUUACUGACCUCGGCUGUACUAUUAUUAUGGCGAAUAAUAAUCCAUGAUUUUGGUGCUCUGGAUGGAUGGCUGGAAAAUACUGGGCGUUUUCAAGAUAGUCUAUUAUAAUAAAAAAAAACAGUGCCUUAGACCACACCAUUGAUGUAACACUUCUUUAGCUCUCCAUCUUAACGUCUCGUCUAUUACAAUUUUCGUAACGCAUUCUGCCCAAGUAAAGCGUGGAUAAAGUAAUUUACUUCAAAAAGCUUACUUCGAUAUUUCUAGAACUUGGAUAUAGACAUGGCAACACAUUCCGAAAAUUUUUUGUUCAACACAUAUUAUGUUUGUGUCUAAGGUCGAUGGUUUGUGUAUUGUCUGUACCUACCUAAUUAUAGGCAACAGGUACAUCAUUCUAAGUAUCUUUUCAGUUGGACGUCAUGUAUUUCAUUUAUACAUACAUACACUACACAAGCUAUGUGUGUAAAUGUGUGGAAAUGCCUGAUGGUGUUGGGGAGGAUUGUUGUUAUUUAACUGUACCUACUGUACACACAAAUAUGGACAAGUACAUAAUCUAUACUAAUAUUAUAAAGCUGAAGAGUUUGUUUGUUUGAUUGAACGUGCUAAUCUCAGGAACUACUGGUCCGAUUUAAAAAAUUCUUUCAGUGUUAGAUAGCCCAUAUAUCGAGGUAGGCUAUAUUUUAUCCCCGUAUUCCUACGAGAACGGGAACCACGCGGGUGAAACCGCGCGGCGUCAGCUAGUAAUAAUAUAAAAAAAAUUGAAUGAUGCUGAAGCAAUAUUCUGUUGUGCACAAUAUUUUCGGUAAAUUGAGUUUUUAGCAUUUCGUUUUUUUUUUGUAAUCGUUGCAGUUACUUAACUAUAUUAACUUCGUAGUAUUUUAGACUUUGGAUCCGCCCUCAUAAAAAUUACUAACAUGAUUUUUAUAAUUAUGUGCAUUUUAAUUUUAUUCAUAGAGACCAAUUUUAAACAUAAAUAAUCGUGUUCUUUUUCGCUGUUCCCCUUUGCACGUUACACUCCGGUAAUCGCUGGGGUGAUUUUACGUCACUGAAUAAAUUUAAUUGAAGUCAAUAUACUUACUCCAAUAUUAGUGUUACUGUUUUAAACUGGCUAUGCAGGAUCUUUAUUUUGCAAUGGUGAUACGUGAACAGUACCUAGAUACGAGUAAAAUUAAAACUUUUAUAUAAAUUUCAUCAUGAGGCCUAUUGGAAGCCUGGGAAAUUUAAAUCAAAAUUUUUGGGAUCCAUCAGGAAGUUCCGUGUUCGUCAUGUCUUCAUACUUCCUCUAUUCUCUUCUUUGUAUCUUUGACGAGCCAGGUUGCAAUUCAGAUUCUGAUUCGGGAGCAGUAUCUUUUGUUGAAUGAUAGGGGUAGGACAGAGCGUCAGUUAUGGAAGUAUGGACUUACUGCACCUUAAAAGUGUCUUUUACCAGUAAUUCAUUCCAUUACGUUGCUUAAGAAUUUUGUAGAUUUUCGACACGGUUUUUGGUUCAGUAUAACUUUAAUUAAUUAUCAGUAUUAUAAGUUUGUAUUCUAUGACAAAAUUUUCUAGAACCAAAAUUAUUGAGAAUUCAAUUUGUUUCAAAAAAUGUCCUAAUAUUUUUUUGUGAGUAGUAUAUUUAGGCCACUUGAGCGAAAAUUCUGUUUCCACCCCAAUAAAGCGGCUGAUGCUUCUAAGCAUCAGUCCCUGUAUACCCCAAAAACUUGGUUUAAGCUAACCCAGGCUCCAAGAUGAAACAAAAAAAAAAUAUCUGCCGUUUAUUGAGGCUAAUAAAUGAAGAUUUCAACGGACUAGAGGUCAUUCUGGAUUUACCUCGCAUAGCUUUAUCGGUUUAUUAUCAGGGUAAACUAAAGGUAAACUUUAUUUCAGAUUUUCAUUUUUUAUAUUAUGUCAGACUUGUAGACAGGAUUCAUUAACCGACUUCAAAAAAAGGAGGAGUUUCUCAAUUCGUGUAUGUGUUUUUUUAAUGUUUGUUACCUCAAAACUUCUUAGUAGUUUUGUGUUAAAAUCAAAAUACUACUACUAGGUCUUUAAAGUCCGUUCCAUUUUUAUGUUAAAACGAUUAUUUGUACAUCACAAAAUGUGUUUGAAAUAACAAAAAGUCCCAGCCAACCUUAAAAGCUAGUUUUAGGUUUGUUCGUUCAUCAAUGGACGUUUUUGUGUAAAUCACUCUAAUGCUUAGUUUUUAUCGCUGCUCUUGCAAAAAGUGCCUUAAACGUUUGUUCUCACAUGAGUGUUUCGUGCUAGUAACGUAUUACACGAAUUAUGCAAUACAUUCCGACUUUAUUAAUUACUCACUCUCGAUGAAAAAAUAUACCUACCUACUUGUAUUGUAUUUUUAUAAAUAGCAGAAUCUUUGAUGCGGAAAAUGGAUGUGAAUUGUUCUUAUUAAAAUCAAUACUGAGAAACUUUAAUGUUGAUACUGAUGUUUUAAUAUUGUAUUCUGCGAAUUGUCUCAUUGUACCGAGUUUACAGUAAAUAAAUGUUUCGCAAGCUA